UUCAACGGUGGAGCCAGAACAAAACGAACAUGGGGCCGUCCCGCAGGACAGCGUUAGGGCAGCUCCUGGUCGUGAUUUACUGCUGCGUCGUCCUCGGUUCUAAGAUACGUCUUGAAGACCAGGGAUACGUUGACGUCGUCGUGGUCGUGGAUCGCCGGGUUCCCGAAGACCCGACUCUGAUUAGGAAUUUACAGGCACUGCUGUUGGAUGCCUCGACCCUUCUGCACCGGGCCACGCGGGAGAUGGUGUACCUGAAGAGGGUGACCAUCGUGCUCCCACACACCUGGAAGGGCGCGUACCCUACCGUCCCGGGGGCCCUGGAGGCCGACAUCAACGUGGUGCAGAGCGAGCACGAUCAGCCGUCCACGGUGCAGCCCGGAGGCUGCGGGGAGCCGGGCCUGUCCAUCGAGCUGCCGGCCAGCUUUGUCCUCAACCUCAACGGGACCACCAAGGACAACUACAAAAGGCCAGAUUACGUGAUGGUGCACGAGUGGGCGCAUUUCAGGUACGGCGUCUUCGACGAGUACGGAUCUCCGAAGGACAGCGACUACCCUGCCGUCUACCAAAGGAAUGGAAAGUUGCUGACGUCCACGUGUAGCGCCGACAUCAGGGCGUCGCUGGAGACCGAGAACGGCAGCCCGUGUUCGCUUGUGGAGGGUGCGGCAUCCCCCGACUGCGUGGCCUUCACGCCCAUUGAUGAGUUCACCGAAGCCUCGUCGUCCCUCAUGUUCAUGCCACCUCUGACCUCGAUAAACGCGUUUUGCGGGGACACGGAAGACCACAAGCACAACGCCGACGCCCCCACCCCACAGAACGUCCUCUGUGACAUGAGGAGCACGUGGGACGUCAUCUCGAACACCGAUGAUUUUCGAAGCAUCACGGAUCCCGUCCCGAGGAUGCCGACGGAGUUUCGGAUUGUGAAGGGUCAAGGACACAUCCGAAUCGUCUUUGUGCUUGACGUGUCCGGAAGCAUGGGGUUGGAGAACAAGAUCAACAUGCUGAGGCAAGCGGCCUCCCGUUCCCUGGAAGACAACGUGCCCGACGGCAGCGACGUCGGCAUCAUUACCUUCAGCGACAACGCCACCGUGGUCGCAGACAUGAUGACGCUGAGCGCCGCCACUCGCCAAGCCCUCAAAAACGCCGUGCCCAGCAUAGCGAGGGGAAGCACCGCCAUCGGAAAGGCCCUCAUGACGUCCGUGCAGGAACUGGAGCGCAAGGGACAAACGGCCGAGAAUGCGGCCCUGCUGCUCAUGACGGAUGGCGAGGAGAACGAGCCGCCUUACAUCAACGACGUGCUGCCCACGCUGCUCCAGAAGCGCGUGCGCGUCUUCUCCGUGCCCGUGGGUAAGGAGGCCGACGACGGGCUCAGGGUCCUCUCGGAGCGCACCGGGGAGAACGUCUACCCGAUCACCAACACCACCAAGCUGGCCGACAGGCUGGCCGAGAUGUUCGCCGCCGUCAUCACCACUCAGCAGGAGAAGAGCGAGCGUCGGGAGACGGUCUUCAAGCGAGCGGUGCCCCUGACCAGUGCGAGGACCUCCAUGGACGUGAUGGUGGACAAGGAGCUGGGCCUCAACACCAUGUUCAUCGCCACCGGGGCACCCGAAGACACGACGGCCAUGAUGGCGGUGAGCCCCACAGGAAGGGAGAUCCUCGCGCAGUACGACUACGAUCUGCAGAGGCACAAGGUCGUCGUCCCCAACCACGAGACAGGCAGGUGGCGGGUGGUGCUCAUCAGCCAUCCGGUCAACCGGGUGGACGACACGGUCACCGUGACGGUCACCUCCGAAGCCCGCGACCCCGACGUGCAACCCGUGCGCAUGCGAUCCUUCUUUAGCAGCCGCAGCCUCGAGUCCGUCGGCUCGUCCACCCUGUUCAAGAUCUACGCCGAGCUGCGCAAGGAGAACGUGCCCGUGGUCGGAGCCAAGGUCCUGGCCACGGUCACCACUCCUCUCGGGAACCAGGUGUACGUCCCGCUCAAGGACAGGGGUGACGGCGCCGACGUGAGAGCGGAGGACGGCAUCUACUCUGCGUUUUUCUCGGGUUUCAACCGUCCCGGUCGGUACUCUGUCGACGUCGAAGCCGCAGGGGACAGCAAAACACGACUCGGAGCUCUAAAAAUGAAUUCGGCAGCCAGUCGUCAAGGUGGGAAGAACGAUACUUCUAUAAUAGGGAAAUACUGUAGGUGGAGAAAGUGCCUCCAAAGCAGAUCUUCUAAGUUCCUUUGA